AUGGCUUCCCAGCUCGCAAAACCUCCAACUCGAGAUGAAGCGGAUCAAAAUUCAAACCCAUCUAUCGUACCCGGUGCAUCACUACUUUUAGCCCUUCGACUGGCUUCUCGUCCGAUCCUUCUGAUAGGAGGUGGAUUGGUAGCUUCUCAACGACUUUACUUCCUCCUUGAAUCCGAUGCUCAUAUCACUCUCAUCUCUCCCAGUCCAUUAAAUCCUUCUAUACAACAUCGUAUUGAUGAUCCUUCAACUUCAUCUCAAAUAACAUGGCUUAAUCGUCCAUACAUCGGCAGAAAGGAUGAAGUAAAAGUCAGCGAUUUCGAUUUAGUGAUGACCGCAAUAGACGAUAAUGACCUAUCCAAAGAAGUCUGUGAUUUAUGUAGGGAAGAAAAGGUCAUGGUGAACGUUGCAGAUAUACCACCGCAAUGUGAUUUCUACUUUGGAGCUCAGUUACGUAGAGGACCUUUACAAAUAUUGAUAUCAACAGGUGGAAUGGGUCCAAGAGCAGGAGCUAUGAUUAGGGAUAUAGUCUUGGAGGCUUUGCCUCCCAACAUAGAAGAAGCCGUUGAAGGUGUUGGGCUGUUGAGAGCAGAUCUAAGAAAGAGAGCUCCUGGAGUCGGCGGGAAGUUAGGUCAAGAAAGGAUGGAUUGGAUGAAAGAGACUUGCGACGUGUGGGGUUUAGCUAAAAUGGAAAAGUUCAGAGAUCAAGAACUUAGAAACAAUAUACUGGAUCAAGGUUGGGACAAUAGGACUAUCAUCGGACCCAAAGAGUUGAACUUAGUCGGACAAUCAUGGUAUAAGCAUUUCUCAGACUUGAUAUCAAGCGAUUGGUCAUCAGGGUUGGGAGGAUUUGGUUUUGGGGUAGCAGUCACAUCGGUAGGGAUACUGCUUGUGUUCCGAUAUAGAAGGUAA